GUGCGAGAUCAUGUGAGAGUCCACGCGCCGAAAGUAGGUUAGACUACAGAGCACCGCCGACCCGGAGAGAGGGAAACUGGGGAGCGCGUCAUUUUGUUUGCAUAGCUUACAUUGCGCGCUUGCAAUUGGGCAAAAAAAAAUGAAGACUAGGAUUUGGCGGAAUUUAUUCUAAACAACCGGACGUUGCUUGUUUUAGGAAGACGAGUCUGACAGCACAAUAACUUAUGAGUUUUAGUCCUUUUAUUUUCAUGCAAGCACUCCUUUGUGGAGUUUUACCAGUUUCUACCAGAUUUUUACUUUUGGAGAUCAAAUGCGCCGGAGUUGCAUUAUUUAUCGCAGAUAAUAUAACAUCAAAAUGAGAGCUCAAAUUGAGGUAAUCCCAUGCAAGAUUUGUGGAGACAAGUCAUCAGGCAUCCAUUAUGGAGUGAUCACUUGUGAGGGUUGCAAGGGCUUCUUUCGUCGAAGUCAGCAGAACAAUGCAAUAUACUCCUGCUCGAGGCAGAGGAACUGCCUUAUUGACCGAACCAAUCGCAACCGCUGCCAGCACUGCCGCCUGCAGAAAUGUCUUGCGCUGGGCAUGAGUCGCGAUGCUGUGAAGUUUGGCCGCAUGUCCAAAAAGCAGCGUGACAGCCUCUAUGCAGAGGUUCAAAAGCACCAGCAGUCCCAAGAGCGAGCUGGAGGCCUGGGCGGCACUGGACCCGGAAACACUGGUGAAGAAUCCGGUGACAAUGGCAGCUGCCACGCGCGUACCUACAGUAGGGGCUCCAGCACUACCCUUAGCGACUUGGAUGACAUUACCAUGCUACCCGACGGGCUGCUGUUCGAUCUGCCGCUCACGCCAGAAGGAGCUGGCGAUUGCUGCAGCCUGGAGCUGUUGGGGAGCAGCGGAGGAAGCACUUCAUCUUCCCAGAGUUCCCCUGAGCAAAACAGACAGGAGUUUACAGACGCACCGCACAUCAAACACGAGUAUGAGUCAGGACUUUUCUCUCGCUCGAUGCUUAAUCCACCAGAAGUCUGUUCUUUGCUGGAAAUUGAACGCAUCACACAGAACGUGGUGAAAUCCCACAUUGAAACGAGUCAGUACAGCCCAGAGGAACUAAAGCGAUUAGCUUGGACCCUCUAUACGCCUGAGGAGAUACGCGCCCAUCAAAACAAGUCCACUGAAAUACUGUGGCAAGAGUGUGCCAUGCACGUCACCAAUGCCAUCCAGUACGUGGUCGAGUUUGCCAAGCGUAUCACUGGGUUCAUGGACCUGUGUCAGAAUGACCAGAUUAUCCUUCUCAAAGCAGGCUGCUUGGACGUGCUAUUGAUCCGAACGUGUCGGGUCUACAAUCCCAUCAACAACACGCUGUUGUUUGAUGGAAAGUAUGCAAGCCCUCAGCUCUUCAAAGCACUUGGUUGUGAUGAUAUGGUGAGUGCUGUCUUUGAAAUGGCUAAAACCCUGAGUCGGCUACAGCUGUCUGAAGAGGAGAUGGCACUGUUUUCUGCCACUGUACUUUUGUCUCCAGAUCGGCCUUGGUUGACAGAUAGCCAGAAGGUACGGAAGCUUCAGGAGAAGGUCUAUGUUGCAUUGCAACACUGUCUUAAUAAAGGCGGUGCUCCUGAGGAGAAACUGACAAAGAUGGUGUCCAAGUUACCCAUGAUGAAGUCUAUUUGCAACCUUCAUAUUGACAAGUUGGAGUUUUUCCGCCUCCUUCACCCAGAAACAGCCUACAAUUUUCCUGCUCUCUACAGAGAGGUUUUCUGCAGCGAGAUCACCUUCCCAGACUCCACUGAGGGCUAACAUUCAUUGAAGUGCUAUACUGGUGCUGAUGAGAGAGAGAGAGAGAAAGGUAGAGAGAGAUUAGGAAUUACAGAGGAAGGAUAUAGGAGGCAGAUGGAUAAGUGUUUGAAAGAAACCAGCAACACACUGACAAUCCUGCACAUUACACUUUAAAACUCCAUCUAUAACCUCCCUCAGAAUGGCGUAACUCCAGAAAGGGUACUCCAUAAAAAUUAGGUGCUUGAAAUGUGGAUUGAGGGAUAUUUUUCCUUCAUAAUUAUUUCUGUACCUUUAGCAAGAGCAUUUACCUGAAUGUAACCCAUCUGACAUGUGGCUCAGGGUUAGGACAGAAUGUAUUAUGUAUUAUUCCUGGCCCGUAUGUACACAGCUCUUGAGGCAACAGUUUUGAAUCCAAGGCAAAACUGUUUUAAGGGACCAAACGCAAGCACUCCUGAGGUCAUAAAUGCCACAUGAGCAUCCACGUUUUUAGACACUAACAUACAAAGCAGACAUUGUACAAACACGCAUGCACAUGCCUAUUUCGAGCUCAUAAAAAUUGAGACAAUGCAAUUAAACUAACGAAAACCUCAUCCCUGCUUCCCUUUCCCAUGCAAAUGCCACUUCGAUAAAGAUGUUAGAUACUAUUUUAAUAUCCUUGUUUGAUUUGAACAGAAACCACAUGUGUGUAGAAUAUUGGAUGUUUGAAAAUAAAUAUAUUUAUAAACAGAGUGAGAUAUAUAUGUAGAGAAAGAGAGAGACAGGGGACUAAAAAGAUAGAAAGUUGCACCUUUGUGUGAAUGUUCUCAGAGACUUCCCAACUAUUGGAGUGGAAUUCUGGGAUGAAUGGACUUGCUGAUUUUGAAAGUUUAUAUUUAGAUGCAAAUGAACAGCACUUAAAAUCCUGAUACAUCACAAAACCCUAAUAAAACGCUUUCUUUGAAACCACCUUACAUGGCCGGGACUUUGCUGUUACCCUACAUUAGAUGGCUGAAAGACAAUGGCACUAUGAAAGAAAGUUUUUGACAUCACGGCUCCCGAAUGAAACCAUUUUCACAGCCGAUUUGGGAGCAGGGCCUUGAGAGACUGCAAAGUUCAGAGAAGGAAACGGAUGGGAGGAUGUUGGAUGUUGUUUUCCAGUGUGUUUUUAGAGACGACCUGAACUUACUGUCGGUCUCUAGGGCACCACGGAAAUCAGGCCCAGAUGUCAUCAUAAGUAGAUAAGUAGAUUCACAGACUAUACCUCAUGCAUCGAGUCUGAUGUGGGGAUCAGUGUUGUUUUGCUCUGCGUUUUAUCCCACCACCCCUAACCUUUUUGUGUUCAAAUAUAGCACAACUAUUGGUUGACAGAGCCAUCCGCUACCCCCCUGAGUUAGGGAAACUAGAGUUUUAAAACUUGCAAUUCAAAGUUAAGGAAAAAUUUAUCUAUUAAUGGCGUGAUUUUUAAUGUCUAUUUUUCCUAAAAAGUCCUAAAGCUGAGAAGAGAUUUAGGAGUGACCUAGAAACAGGAAAACCAGGCAAGGCUCAGUGGAGGGUUUUUUUAAACCCCCCCCCCCCCUAGUGGCCAAAACAGCAAAUGAAAAAAUUCUGUAGCUGUGUCAGAUUACAGGGUAUGAACGAAUGUCGUUUUGAAUGAUUGAUAAUUAUCAACCUUCCUGACAGUUACACUUUAAAGUUCAUCUGAUGUUUAGUUUUAGCACUGCUGGAACAGUGCCGCUUGUCCAAAUUGUAUAUUUCCUUGUAAGGUUUUUUACAGUUGUGUAAUACACUUUUCUGGGUGCUUAAUACAGUAUCAUAAUGUUUGCCGGUGCAAUAGUCAGUCUUUCUAUUUUUAGUAUUGAGGGCCUUUACAAACCAAGGAUUCGUCACCUUGGGUUUCACAAGCACUCCAGCUUAGAUCAUUUAACACCCUGUCAAAGUUGCUAAGUUGAGUAAACACUCAGAUUUCUUUUUAUUUUUUUAUACUUGUCUAGUAUUAACUGACUAAAUUGGACGUGUGAAGGCAGAGAAAGAUUGUAGCAAAGUGAAAAUACUUUGUAAAAAAACAUUUAAAGUUUUAGAUGUUGUAUUUUGUGGAGUGUAAUUCGCAAGUCUCAAGUGAUCAUCAUCUCGUUCUUGAGCGCAGCUCUAAAAGAAGUAUGCGUUUUUAUCUACACUCAGUCACUCAGGGAGAUAGCUGGGUUCUCUGUCCUGCAAUGUCUUCUUCAGUUAGCCUAGCAAGACACCUUGCACCAAAUAGAGGACCUUAAACCUUGAUCACUGUGUAUGGUAACUUUUCUUGUGAAUGUUUAUCGCAGAAGUAUCAAAGACUUUUACCCCUGUCUUUUAUUUGUGCUUUAAAGGACUUUUUAAGUUAAAAACAGAAUAGGAUCAAAGUAUAUAUUUUAAAAGGCAUGGAGAUAAAUGUAAGGAUGAAUUUAAUUCAAUUCUAGUGUUGUUUUUUAUUUAGUUUUUGUGAUCUGUUUUUUUUAGUCCUUUUCUGUAAUAUAUAUUUUUCACCCAUUUAGUGUCAUCCUUUGUCGUGAAGAAUUCAAAUCCUAUUUUUUUAAAGAGCAUUUUUAAAAAGAAAAUCCCUUAAGAGUCCUCUUGUUUGCCAUGACCCAUCUGUGGUUAUUUUCAGUUUUAACUUUAUUGUUUUACGGUGUUUAAGUCAUGUUAUAGAUUUUAAGGAAUAAUUUAUGAUAUAUUAUAGAUACAGAACUUAAAACAAGCACAUUAAAGAGUUCUUGUUGUACAAUGAGGAUUAAACCCAUGAAUUCCAGAAUGUAAUAAAGGUCUUUUUACUUUA